UGUGCUGGGCAGAGUCCGGUUGUGGCGCUGCAGCUGGAAGCAUGGCGACUCUCUGCAAAGACCAGAUCCACCAGGAGGUGCAGGAUUACUAUGGCAAAGAGCUGCAGAAGACAGAGGACCUCAAAACCAAUGCGUGCAUCACUUCAGCCAGGCCCCUUCCCAAGCUGGUGAGAGAUGCUCUGAAGCACAUCCAUGAUGAGGUGGUGGCCAGGUACUAUGGCUGCGGUCUAGUGAUCCCUGAGUGCCUGUCAUCGUGCCGGAUUCUGGACCUGGGCAGUGGCAGCGGCAGGGACUGCUACCUGCUGAGCCAGCUGGUCGGGGAGCAGGGCCAUGUCACUGGGAUAGAUAUGACCGAGGGCCAGGUUGAGUUGGCAAAGAGGCACAUUGCCUACCACAUGGAUAAGUUUGGCUACCGAAAGCCAAAUGUGGCGUUCUUCCAUGGUUACAUGGAGAAGCUGGGUGAUGCCGGACUGUCUGAUGAGAGCUACGAUAUUGUCAUCUCCAACUGUGUGAUCAACCUUGCCCCUGACAAGAGGGCUGUGCUGCGGGAGGCCUUCCGUGUGUUGAAGCCCGGGGGAGAGAUGUACUUCAGUGAUGUCUAUGCCAGCCAGCGCCUGAGUGAGACCAUCCAGAAGCACAGGGUGCUGUGGGGAGAAUGCCUGGGAGGAGCCCUGUACUGGAGAGACCUGUACAGCAUUGCUGAGGAGGUGGGGUUCAGCCCCCCAUGCCUGGUCACUGCCAGUCCCAUCACCAUUGGUGACAAGCAGCUGGAGGACAUCGUCGGUGACUGCUGCUUUGUUUCUGCAACUUUCCGCCUGUUCAAGGUGCCGGCUGGCAGCUGGGCUGGGCCAGCACAGGUCAUCUACAAUGGUGGGAUUGUGGGGCACGAGCAAGAGCUGGUGUUUGAUGCCAACUUCACCUUCAAGGAAGGAGAGGUGGUGGACGUGGAUGCUGAGAUGGCUGCGAUCUUGCAGAGCUCCAGGUUUGCGGACAAGUUCCUGAUCCGAGCUGGUGGUGCUGCAGCACUGCAGGGCUGCUGUCGCAAGGGAGCAAAGGAGAAGAUCUGUGACCCCUUCCAGCUGCUGGAGCGGCUGACAGCCCCAGGUGCUGGUGGCACCUGUGGUCCCCCAGGGUGCUGCUGAGUGGCAAGCAGUGUCCCCACACCACUGUUGGAAGCCAGCAGGGCGAGAGGAUGUGGCCCCAGUGACGUCUUCCACCAGAGAGCAA